AUGGAUAAAUCUGUUGCGAAGUGUAUCCCAAAACUUUCACGGAGGCAGAAUGAUAGUUGGUCUGAUGUGGAAACUGUGGAAGAUGUGCUUUCCAAUAUUCUUUCAAGGCUUCCAGUCAAGUGCAUCAUACGUUCUAAGGCUGUUUCUAGACUAUGGCACAAAUUGAUUAGCAGUCCAUAUUUCACUAAAUUGCAUUUAAUGCGGUCAAGAGAAAAUGCGAUCUAUAUACUUUAUCCUUAUAUGGAUGAAAUAAAAGAAUUGCAUUUGGUUGAUGGUGAUGGGGUAACCACUGAAAUAAUCACUCUUCCUGGUUUUGAAAAUGUUUCAUCUCUUAGUAUGAUUUGUUCCUACAAUGGGUUGAUAUGUUUCACCAUUUACCCCUGGUUUCCUCACUUAUAUAUGAGGCAACCGGUCGAGGAAGACUUGGAAAUCCUAAUCUGCAAUCCUGCUACUCGUGAAAUUCGGUUACUUCCAAGAGGUAGCCCAGCAGAACAGGAGCUAGGAAUUGGGGUUGCCUUUGGCCCAGGAACCAGUGAUUAUAGAGUAUUUCGGUUUUUCUCCUCCAUAUUUGAAAAGCCAGUAGUCAGCCCUCAGUGUGAGAUAUUUUCAUCAAGCACUGGAACCUGGAGAGGCAUAGGUUUUGUUCAGCAAUAUCCUAUGGGUGCAAAUCACGUAUAUUUUAAUGGACAAGUUUACUGGUUUAUUGCUUCAGAAGAAGAUCAUUCUACCCCUGGAAGCAUUCUUUCAGUGGAUAUGGAGGACAACUUUAAAACCAUUGAACUUCCAGAAGAAGUCACUGCACACUCCUUCCUAAUUAUUCUGGAAGGUUUCUUAUCGUUAGUUGCUGUCUAUGAUGAUGAUCUAAUUAUGGAUGUAUGGAUGUUAAAGGAUGCAAAUGAAUCUUAUUGGGAGAAGAAGUGCAGUGCUUAUAUUGAACACGCUGUUGAAGAGUGCAUUGACUCUGUAGCUGGAAGGAAUAAUGAAUUUUUUUUCAUAACUACAGAACAUUAUUUUAUCUUUAAUACCGACAGGACUACCUGGGAGCAACUUUAUCUUCAGGAGGUGUUUGGACAGGAUUCUCCUGUUGUCUUUACGUACACAGAAAGCCUUCUCCCCUGUAGCUGA